CCCAUCUAAAGAGAGCCCCAGAAGGCUAUUAACCAAACUGGGCAAUGUGAUGGACAUGAAGAGAUUGACGCAUCAGUUCAGCAUGGCAGCAUGAAUCUGACAAAGAAUCUGGAUUCUAAGGGAAGCAGUUCAUCGCAGCUUCAGUCUUGGACUGUUCAGCCAUCUUUUGAAGUGAUUCCAGGUCAGCCACAGCUAGUGUUUCUUCAUCCAGCCAUCUCCCCUCCCAUUAACCCUCACCUUUUUGGUGAAAAGAGAAGUGACUCUACUAAUUACCUGCCCAUCCUGAACUCCUACACAAAGACAGCACCACAUCCCAGCAAAAGAGAUCGUGUCUGGGAUUUGGAGGAAAGAGGGAGAACCAGUGGACAGAAAUGGCUUUGCACAGAUACUGCUAUGUCUAAUAAGACUAGUUUAUUGCCCUCUAGUGCUUGCCCCCAAGUAUCACCUGACUUUAAGCCUGCUCAGGACUCUACUCAGCAGAGUUCUCCAGCUUUGAUGGCAGAUGGAAAAAUGUCAACUAUUGAUGGCUUUCAGUAUAUUUCUACUGCCAAACAAAAGGCCCCAGGUUUGAUUCCCUUUUCCCCUACUGGACUCCUCCAGAUAUCAGACCGCAAAUCUUCUGAGAUGGAGAAUCCAGUACAUCAUAUGGUGCAAUUAGCAACCUGCAGCCCACCUUUAGCAGCAGAAGAACUUUAUACUACUCCUGAGCUAUUGUUGCAGCAGCAACGCAAGCGCAAGCGCUUUCAGAAUACCUUUGUUGUGCUGCACAGGUCUGGAUUGCUGGAGAUCACCUUGAAAACCAAGGAGCUGAUUCAUCAGAACCAGGUAACCCAGAUUGAACUGGACCGACUGAAGCAGCAAACACAAUUGUUCAUGGAGGCAAUAAAGAGCAAUGCUCCUCAGGCCUGGGCAGAGCUAGAGGCAUCCUUAACAGGGUCAGAUAAAGCUGACAGCAGCCUUGAGGCUUCUCCUACAUAUCCCAACAUGUAGUGCAAAAGAUAUAUAGCUGGUCAAGUAAUUAGAGUGCCUCUCUUCCUCUGUCUCAAGCUUUUACAAGAGCAUUUUCUAAGUUUGAGACUACUUUUAAAACUCAUUCACAAAGCAGCAUGCCAUUAAUAAACUGUCCCAAAUGCCAGUUGGGAGGCAUAGGUAGGAAUUAGUACUGCUUCAUGUGACCUGGAAUUGAGUAACUGUGCUCUUCUUUGGGCCAUGAAGGUGUGAAAGUGCUAUGAUGUGAUGUGUUCCCAUUCUUAUGAUGGAGAACAUUGCAAUUGGCUCUUUCCUGGCAAGCACCUUUUUUCACCCCCUAUCUCCAGACAGCCAAUUCACAGAAUUCACUAGACCUGAUCUAGUGUAGCUGCUUAUGAAUUGAUAGGGAAAGAGGAAACUUGAUGGGUAACAUAGUAUCUCCAGCUUUGUGUUAAUACUCCAAAGACACAAGGUGGCCUUGUGUCAAGGCUCCUUCCCCACUCUGAACUUUAGGGUACAGAUGUGGGGGCCUGCAUGAAAACCUCUAAGCUUCUCUACCAGCUUAGAUCUGCUUUUGCUGCCACCACUCCCAAUGUGCUAACUCCCUUCCCUGGGUAGCCUUGAGAGACUCUUCCACCAAUUAAUUCCCUGGUGAACACUGAUCCAAAACCCUUGGAGGAAUUAAUCAUUCCCCCCUCUCUUCCCUUUCCCCCCCCCCCCACCAAUUCCUGGUGAGUCCAGAUCAAUCCCCUUGGAUCUUAGAACAAGGAAAAAUCAAUCAGGUUCUUAAAAAGAAGGCUUUUAAUUAAAGAAAGAAAGGUAAAAAUCAUCUCUGUAAAGUCAGGAUGGAAAAUAACUUUACAGGGUAAUCAAACUUAAAGAGCCCAGAGGAACCCCCUCUAGCCUUAGGUUCGAAGUUACAGCAAACAGGUAAACACCCUAGCAAAAGGUACAUUUAUAAGUUGAGAAAACAAAGAUAAAACUAACACGCCUUGCCUGGCUGUACUUACAAGUCUGAAAUAUGAGAGGCUUGUUCAGAAAGAUUUGGAGAGCAUGGAUUGAUGUCUGGUCCCUCUUAGUCCCAAGAGCGAACACCCACCAAAACAAAGAGCACAAACAAAAGCCUUCCCCCCACCAAGAUUUGAAAGUAUCUUGUCCCUUUGUUGGUCCUUGGGGUCAGGUGUCAGCCAGGUUACCUGAGCUUCUUAACCCUUUACAGGUAAAAGGAUUUUGGAGUCUCUGGCCAGGAGGGAUUUUAUAGUAUUGUACACAGGAGGGCUGUUAUCCUUCCCUUUAUAGUUAUGACACCCCCCCCCAAAUCACAGAUAGUGUUGGACAGCCGGUUUCACACUGGCUGUGAUUUCUUCCUGGAGCUCUAGGAGAAAACAGAGUUAAUAAGACACAUGCACCUUUAGAUAUACUACUGUUUAUAUAAAAACUAACAAUAUGUCCCACAUUCCAAGAACAAUUUUUAACCAGUUGAUUCUGGGAAACUUUCCCGGGAGAGUGCAUCAGCCACUUUGUUAGAAGCUCCUGAAAUGUGUUGUAUUUCAAAAUCAAAAUCUUGGAGAGCUAAACUCCACCGAAGAAGUUUUUUGUUAUUCCCCUUGGCGUUAUGAAGCCACGUUAGCGCAGCAUGGUCAGUUUGUAGUGGGAAACGCCGUCCCCAAACGUAUGGGCGUAGCUUUUCCAGCGCAUACACAAUGGCAUAGCACUCCUUUUCGCUGAUUGACCAGUGGCUUUCCCUCUGACAGUUUCUUGCUGAGAAACACGACAGGAUGGAAUUCUUGAUCCAGUCCUUCCUGCAUUAAAACUUCUCCCACACCCCGCUAGGACGCAUCUGUGGUUACUAGGAACGGUUUGUCAAAGUCUGGAGCCCUUAGCACAGGGUCAGACAUAAGUGUCUCCUUAAGCUGGUUAAAGGCCUUUUGACACUCAUCAGUCCACUGAACUGCAUUUGGCUGUUUCUUUCUGGUAAGGUCUGUCAGUGGGGCGGUGAUUUGGCUGUAGUGUGGUACAAAUCGCCUAUAAUAUCCGGCCAAGCCUAAGAAGGAUUGGACCUGUUUCUUUGACUUUGGAACCAGCCACUUUUGGAUAGCAUCCACUUUGGCCUGUAGGGGAUUUAUAGUUCCUUGACCCACCUGGUGCCCCAGGUAAGUCACUCUGUUUUGGCCUAUUUAACACUUUUUAGCCUUAACAGUUACUCCUGCCUGCCUGAUGCGCUCGAAGACUUUUUUCAGGUGCUCCAGGUGUUCUGCCCAUGAAUCAGAAAAAAUGGCCACAUCAUCGAGGUAGGCAACUGCAGAUUCUCCCAGUCCCGCUAGGAGACUAUCUACAAGUCUUUGGAAGGUGGCGGGUGCAUUUUGCAGCCCGAAAGGGAGCACAUUAAGUUCAUACACCCCUGCCUGGGUGACGAAGGCUGACCUUUCCUUGGCGGGUGCAUCUAGUGGUACUUGCCAGUAUCCCUUGGUUAAGUGGGAUGAAUUGGGCAUGUCUCAAUGAAUUGGGAUGUCCCAAUUUCUCCAAUAGCUCAUCUGUGCGUGGCAUUGGAUAGUUGUCAGAACUAGUUACAGCAUUUAGCUUACGGUAGUCCACGCAAAAGCGUAUUUCCCCAUCUGGUUUGGGAACUAGACUCACUGGAGAUGCCCAUGCACUGUUAGAGGGGCAGAUUAUACCCAUCUGUAGCAUGUCCUGGAUCUCCCUUUUUAUAGCAGUUUAGGCAUGAGGUGACUCCCGGUAGGGUGGGGUUCUAAUUGGGUGAGCAUUACCUGUGUCAAUGGAGUGGUAUGCCCGUUCGGUUCAUCCUGGGGUGGCUGAGAACAUUGGCGCAAAGCUAGUGCACAGCUCCUUGAUCUGCUGCCGCUGCAGACAUCCAAGGGUCGCGGAGAGGUUCACCUCUUCCACGCCACCAUUACUUUUUCCUUCGUAGUAGACACCUUCAGGCCAUUCCGCGUCAUCUGUUUCCUGGGCUGUAAACUGGGAAACCUUUAAUUCUCUAGAAUAAAAGAGCUUAAGAGAAUUAACAUGGUAUACCUUAGGCUUUAUGUUGGAGGUGGGGGAGGCUAUGAGAUAGUUAACAGCUCCUAGGCGCUACUGGACCGUGAAUGGUCCUUCCCACGACGCUUCCAUUUUAUGGGCCUGAAGCGCCUUUAAGACCGUGACUUGGUUUCCAACUUUGAAGGACCAUUCUCUGGAAUGUUUAUCAUACCAGACCUUUUGCUCUUUCUGAGCAUCCUUUAGGUUUUCUUUAGCAAGGGCUAAAGAGUGUCGGAGGGUGCUUUGUAGGUUACUUACAAAGUCUAUUAUGUUAGUUCCUGGAGAAGGCAUAAACCCCUCCCAUUGCUGCUUCACCAACUGUAAUGGCCCCUUAACCUUGCGGCCAUACACAAGUUCAAAUGGUGAAAAUCCUAAACUGGGAUGUGGUACAGCCCUGUAGGCAAAAAGCAACUGCUGCAACACUAGGUCCCAAUCAUUGGAGUGUUCAUUUAUGAAUUUACGUAUCAUGGCCCCCAAAGUUCCAUUAAACCUCUCCACCAGGCCAUUGGUUUGAUGAUGGUAAGGGGUGGCAACUAAGUGAUUCACCCCAUGAGCUUCCCACAGGUUUUUCAUGGUCCCUGCCAGAAAAUUAGUUCCCAAAUCUGUAAGAACGUCAGAGGCCAACCUACCCUGUCAAAAAUGUCUGCUAAUGCCUGGCACACACUUUUAGCCCUGGUGUUGCUUAAGGGUACUGCUUCCGGCCAUCGGGUAACAAAAUCCGUGAAAGUCAGUAUGUACUGCUUUCCUCUGGGUGUCUUCUUUGGGAAAGGACCCAGAAUAUCCACAGCUACUCGCUGAAAUGGAACCUCAAUUAUGGGUAGUGGCUGGAGAGGGGCUUUGACCUGGUUUUGGGGCUUUCCCACUCGUUGGCACACCUCACAAGACCGGACAUAAUUAGCAACGUCCUUGCCCAUUCCCUUCCAGUGUAAGGACUUCCCCAACCGGUCUUUGGUUCUGUUCACCCCAGAAUGGCCACUGGGAUGAUCAUGGGAAUGGUCACCCUCUUGGGUAGCUUCACAUGGUUGGCCAAGUCUUCCCCCAGCAGCAUGGGGAUGGGAUAAUUGUCAUAGACUGCAAAAGUCCACAUUCCUGACCAGCCCUUGUACUGGACAUGUAACUUGGCUGUAGGCAAGGUUACAGAGUGUGACAUGAAGGGUUGAAUUGUCACCGGAGCCUCCGGGUUGAUGAGUUUGGGGUCCACUAGGGAUUGGUGGAUAGUCGACACUUGUACGCCAGUGUCCCUCCACGCGAUAACCUUUUUUCCCCCCACUCUCAAGCUUUCCCUUCGCUCCAAGGGUAUUUGAGAGGCAUCUGGGCCUGGGGAUCUUUGGUGUGAUUGUGUUAUAAUGAACUGUAAUCGGUUGGGGUUCUUGGGGCAGUGGGCCUUUAUAUGUCCCAGUUCAUUACAUUUAAAACAUCGCCCUGCUAAGGUAUCACCGGGGCAAUGUUGGUUGUGGAGACUGGUGUGGUGGGGUGAGAAGCCGUCUGGGGUUUCCCUUGGGAUGUAGGUGGGGCCUUGGGUUGUCCCCGAUGGUAAGGUUUUGUUUCAGGUUGCCCCUUCUGAUAUUCGCUCCAACUGCUACUAGUUUUUUUCUUUUCUGCCACCUCCACCCAUUUGGCUCCAAUCUCCCCUGCCUCGGUUACAGUUUUGGGCUUCCCAUCUAGGAUGUACCUUUCUAUUUCCUCAGGAACACCCUCUAAAAACUGCUCCAUUUGCAUUAGGAAGGGCAAUUCUUCUGUAGAUUUAACACAUGCUCCUGAUAUCCAGGCAUCCCAAUUUUUCCCAAUGUGGUAGGCAUGUCGGGUAAAUGACACGUCUGGUUUCCACCUUAGGGCUCUGAACCGCCGACGGGCAUGCUCAGGUGUUAACCCCAUUCUGAUUCUGGCCUUGUUUUUAAAAAGUUCAUAACUGUUCAUGUGUUCCUUAGGCAUUUCAGCCGCCAUCUCUGCUAAGGAUCCACUGAGCUGCGGCCUCAGCUCUACCAUGUACUGGUCUGUAGUGAUGCUGUACCCAAGGCAGGCCCUUUCAAAAUUUUCUAAGAAGGCCUUAGUAUCAUCGCCUGCCUUGUAGGUGGGGAAUUUUCUGGGAUGGGAAGCGGUACCUGGAGAGGGGUUGUUAGGGUUGGCUGGUAUAUCCGGCCUAGCCCUUGCUAAUUCCAGUUCAUGCUUCCUCUCUUUUUCCCUCUCCUCCAUCUCUUUUUCUUUCAGCUCCAUCUCUUUUUGUUUUUCUUUUGUGGGCAUCCUCUUUGGCUUUCUCUUCUCUUUUAGUAGCUGCUUUCUCGAGUUCUUUUAUUUCGAGCACUCUCUUAUGAUUUUUUUCACUUUCUUCUGCUGCCAGUCUGGCCAGCUCUAGUUUAGUAGCGGUGUCACUGGUACUCAUUUUCCUGCUUUGUUGGGCUGGGUCACACCUCCUCUGCAGUUCACUGAAACUGGGAUGCACUCAGCUCAGGGCUGCUUAGUUAACAGACUCUUUCUAACUAGCUAUCCCGAGAGGUAGAAAGAAAAACAACAAUUCCGCUUGUAAAUUCCUUUUGCCAGCUGUUUGCUCACUGCUUGAACCCUUCUCUUAACAAAGACCCUUGUUAAAAAAACUUAACACCUCUGCAUUCAGGCAAGGAGAGAUCAGAUAUGCAUCUACCUUCAGCAAGCAGCUAGAAAGGAGAAACAAAAAUCUUACUGGCUUUUGGUUUAAAAUGAUCCCACCGCUCUGCCACCAUGUCAAGGCUCCUUCCCCACUCUGAACUUUAGGGUACAGAUGUGGUGGCCUGCAUGAAAACCUCUAAGCUUCUCUACCAGCUUAGAUCUGCUUUUGCUGCCACCACUCCCAAUGUGCUAACUCCCUUCCCUGGGUAGUCUUGAGAGUCUCUUCCACCAAUUAAUUCCCUGGUGAACACUGAUCCAAAACCUUUGGAGGAAUUAAUCAUUCCCCCCUCCCUUCCCUUUCCCCCCACCAAUUCCUGGUGAGUCCAGACCAAUCCUUUUGGAUCUUAGAACAAGGAAAAAUCAAUCAGGUUCUUAAAAAGAAGGCUUUUAAUUAAAGAAAGAAAGGUAAAAAGCAUCUCUAUAAAAUCAGGAUGGAAAAUAACUUUACAGGGUAAUCAAACUUAAAGAGCCCAGAGGAACCCCCUCUAGCCUUAGGUUCAAAGUUACAGCAAACAGGUAAACACCCUAGCAAAAGGUACAUUUACAAUUUGAGAAAACAAAGAUAAAACUAACACGCCUUGCCUGGCUGUACUUACAAGUUUGAAAUAUGAGAGACUUGUUCAGAAAGAUUUGGAGAGCAUGGAUUGAUGUCUGGUCCCUCUUAGCUCCAAGAGCAAACACCUACCAAAACAAAGAGCACAAACAAAAGCCUUCCCCCCACCAAGAAAGUAUCUUGUCCCCUUAUUGGUCCUUUGGGUCAGGUGUCAGACAGGUUACCUGAGCUUCUUAACCCUUUACAGGUAAAAGGGUUUUGGAGUCUCUGGCCAGGAGGGAUUUUAUAGUAUUGUACACAGGAGGGCUGUUACCCUUCCCUUUAUAGUUAUGACACCUUGCUUUUGGAUAAUCAUCACAUUGAACAAAUGGAGAACUGGUUGCAUUAAAGCUGCACUCUAUAUGUUGCAUUGCUUGAGCAAAGUGGGGGUGGGGAGGUAGGUGAUGUGAGAGUUCUAGGCGGGCCCUGUUAGCCUGCCUAUUUUAAUUUCUUUAAAGUUGAGAGCUGGGUGAAAAUUUGAAAGCACUAGACCUGCACUGGAAGUGUUUAUUCCAAAGUAGGUUUAUUUGUACUGCCCAUUAACAGCUAACAACUGUUCUAAGCAAGGUGGCUUUGGAUUUCCCAAGUAUGCAAGGAGUUAAACACUGACUGUUACUUUAAAAAAAAAAAGCUAAGUGGUAUUUUUUAAAUGCAUUACAAUGAACAUUUGUAGAUUCCAAGGCCAGAAGGGACCAUUGUGAUCAACUAGUAUGACUUCCUGUAUAUCAUAGGCUAUAGAACUUCUCCAAAAUACGUUCCUCGCUAGGCAGCUAGCAAGACCAGCUAUGCAUCCUUUGGUCUUUAUCCAGUUUAGGAGAGACUCUUUUCUGGCUGUGAAAUCAGCUUGCUGAGUUUAAAGAAGGGAAAAAAAUGGUUAUACAGGUCCUAGGGUGAAGCAAGCCUUGCUUUUCUUUUUAUGAGAAACAUCUGAGUGUAUCACUAGAAAAGACUCUGGUCACCUUGAUGACAUCUUCCCAAGAAUAUGACUUUGAACACUUUUUAAUGUUCUCUUCAGUAUGAGUAUUACCAUUCCCAACCUGCUUGUCUUGAAGCAUGCACUUACACACUGAUGCUGGUAGAGGCAUUAGAUCUUAGUGUCAGAUGUACCCAACAAUCUUGUUUCAAAAGCUGUUCUACAGACACGUUCAUAUUGUUUGAAUUUGACUUGUCACUCUCCUUUGUAUUCCCUUCAUCUUGAGCCAUGUCUUUCAAAUACUCCUCUGUAUAAGGAGAUUUAAAAUAUGGUCAUCUAAGAAUGAAGUGAACAGUCUUUCCCAUUCUAAAUUAUAUGAUCGGAGUGUGAUCCCUUUGGUUUGACAAUGUUUUUCAAACAAAACUUGCAUUUCAUGUGAUCAAGUAUUGCCUGGACAUUCUUACAUUCCUGUAUGUAUUUCAGUUUCUCCAAAAGAAACCUAAAAGCAUUCCAGUUAGAAAGUUUGAGUUGGCCUUUUGUCUUUACAUUCAGUGAUGUGACCCUUUCAUUCUUCUGAUGGUCUCAAAUGAACAUUGCAGGAGGUCCUAAAGAAUUCACCUACAGCAUUACUGUAAUAAAUGCCUUGGGAAACUUUGGAGGUAGGAGAAGAGUCUUACCUUUUCAGCACCUUACUUAGCUCACUGAAAAGGAGUUGCAUACGUGCCUCAAGAAGGGAUGGAACAUGAAAGUCAGACUUGGACUGACUUCUGGAGCUAGAGAGAGAUUUCCCUCAAAACCCAACUGAAUAGUAGCUGAUUAAGCACCAUCCCAGCUGUGGGGUAGAGCACCACCAAAGAAAGGGGAGGGAGAGGGGCAGUGGAUGGGAAUUUGGCCAAAAUCUUAUGUGGGUUUCCUGUGUUGCCUGAUAUCUGAAGUUAACUUGCUACUAUUAACACAUAGCAUAGUGACACCAGAUUCAAACAAGACGCUGCAUAUGGCAGGAGGCCAUCACACAUUCCGGGCCAAACACUGAGACACCUGAGCCUGCUAGAGAAUCAUAACAAAGUUACUGCAGUGGAGCUUCCAACCCCCUUAUUGAAAGAGAGUAAAGGUUGUUCCCUUGAUCUGAGUGAUACAGGUGUUUGUGUAUGGGAUUACAGAGAGGGGAAUAGACAUAUGAGCCACCUAGUCCUAUCCUCAGAGGUCCCUUCUCUUUCCUUGGAAGCUCUGCUUCUCCCAUCUGAGGCUGUGGAGAAUCUUAAUAAAUAGGAUCUGAAUUUAGGAAAGACUGUUCUAGAACGUGAAGUGCUUCAAAGCUACUGAAUAAAUCUGGGGUCACCUAGGACCCAUGUCCCCAGAUAAAUUAGCGGUUAAGGUCAUUAAUGAAGUAUGCUGGAGGGCGCUGAUUGUAGAUAUACAAAAAGCUGUCAAACCCCAGUUUACUCAUAUGUCUCUUUGCUGCCUUUAUUGCUGGAAGCCUUACUGAAGCUUUAUAUAGCAAAAGCUUUCCUACCCUAGUUGUAAGUUUAGUAAAAUAAAAGGGGAUGGAGCUAUGGUGAGAGAAUUCAUUGGUUUUUAAUAGACUUGGUCUGAAGCUGAAGCCAGUUCUAGACUGAAUCCAGAAACAGCCUAGCCAGAUUGUCCAAAAACAUCAGCCUCUUCAAUGAAACAAUUCUGUAAGCAUUGGCCCUGCAAGUUUUGGAGGUUUUUUGAUCUAUGGAUCAACUGGAACAGUGUUUCUCAAACUUGUUCCGCCGCUUGUGUAGGGAAAGCCCCUGGCGGGCCGGGCCGGUUUGUUUACGUGCUGUGUCCGCAGGUCCGGCCGAUCGCGGCUCCCACUGGCCAUGGUUCGCUGCUCUAGGUCAAUGGGAGCUGCUGGAAGCGGCGUGGGCCGAGGGACAUACGGGCCGCCGCUUCCAGCAGCUCCCAUUGGCCUGG